CUCUUUAUUUACGCCUACCUCCCGGCCCUUGGCAGUCUGACUAAUAACAAACUGAGCUAACAAGAAAGACUAGAAAGGGAGGAAAGAGAACAUUCCUGCAGCUUGGAUCUACAACCUAAGAAAGCAAGAGUGCUCAGUCCCUGCUCUCUGAAACAUCUUGUUUAUUGAUUGCUUUCAGCAGCUUGCAAAUGGUUAACUAUAUGCAAAAAAGUCAGCAUAGCUGCGAAGUAUGCCCUGAAUUUUAAUUGGGGAAGAAAAGGACAACUGCUUCAGGGUGAUCUAGUAUGCAUUCUGCUUGAAAUAUUUUCAAUGAAAUGCUCAGCACUUUGUCUUUGACAAGAGGCUUUCACUUUAUAAAGUGAUGGGACUUGCCAAAAAGUGAUAUUUGAGAAGAAAGCACACGGUGGUUCGUGUUUUCUUUUUUUAAGAAAGAAACUGAAUUUACUUUGAACAUCUCUUCCAGCUGUGCAUUACAGAUAACGUCAGAAAGAGUCUCUGCUUUACAGAAUCAGAUUCCAUCACGUGACAACAUGAAGUUGUGGAUUCAUCUCUUAUAUUCAUCUAUCCUUGCCUACGCAUCUUCACAGUCCCAGUCUCCAGUGUCCUCAGCCAGAGGUUCUUGUGAUUCUCUUUGCAACUGCGAGGAAAAAGAUGGCACAAUUCUAAUAAAUUGUGAAGAAAAAGGUAUUAAGACAUUAUCUCAAAUAAGUGUGCCACCAUCACGGCCUUUCCACUUAAGUUUAUUAAAUAAUGGCUUGACAGUGCUUCACACAAACGACUUCUCUGGGCUUAGUAAUGCUAUCUCAAUACACCUUGGCUUUAACAACAUUGCAGAUAUUGAGACUGGUGCAUUUAAUGGACUUGGCCUUCUAAGGAAACUUCAUAUCAAUCACAAUUCUUUAGAAAUUCUUAAAGAGGAUACCUUCCAUGGACUGGAAAACCUGGAAUUCCUACAAGCAGAUAACAAUUUUAUUACAGUGAUUGAACCAAGUGCCUUUAGCAAGCUCAACAGACUUAAAGUGUUAAUUUUAAAUGACAAUGCUAUUGACAGUCUUCCUCCAAACAUAUUUCGAUUUGUUCCUUUAACCCACCUAGAUCUUCGUGGAAAUCAGUUGCAAACAUUGCCUUAUGUUGGUUUUUUAGAACACAUUGGCAGAAUAUUGGAUCUUCAGUUGGAGGACAAUAAAUGGGCCUGCAAUUGUGACUUACUGCAGCUAAAAAUCUGGUUGGAAAACAUGCCUCCACAGUCUAUAAUUGGUGAUGUUGUAUGCAACAGCCCUCUAAUUUUCAAAGGAAGCAUACUAAGCCGACUGAAAAAGGAAUCAAUUUGCCCCAUUCCACCAGUGUAUGAAGAACAUGAAGAUCCUUCAGGAUCAUUACAUCUGGCAGUAACAUCUUCAAUAAGUGACAGUCGCCUGUCAAUCAAGACCACAUCCCCUUUAAAACCACCCACCAUAGCACCGGGUUUGAUACCAUAUAUUACAAAGCCAUCCACUCAACUUCCAGGACCCUACUGUCCUAUUCCUUGUAACUGCAAAGUACUGUCUCCAUCAGGACUUCUAAUACAUUGUCAAGAACGCAACAUUGAAAGCUUGUCAGAUCUAAAACCUCCUCCACAAAAUCCUAGAAAGCUUAUUCUCGCGGGAAAUAUUAUUCAUACAUUAAUGAAGUCUGAUCUAGUGGAAUACUUCACCCUGGAAAUGCUUCACUUGGGAAACAAUCAUAUUGAGGUUCUUGAAGAAGGAUCAUUUAUGAAUCUAACAAGAUUACAGAAGCUGUAUUUAAAUGGUAACCAUCUGACCAAAUUAAGUAGAGCCAUGUUCCUUGGUCUCCACAAUCUUGAGUACUUAUAUCUUGAAUAUAAUGCAAUUAAGGAAAUUUUACCAGGAACUUUUAACCCAAUGCCUAAACUUAGAGUCCUAUAUUUAAAUAAUAAUCUAUUACAAGUUUUACCACCACAUAUUUUUUCAGGAGUUCCACUAACAAGGAUAAACCUUAAAACAAACCAAUUUACUCAUCUACCUGUAAGUAACAUUUUGGAUGAUCUUGAUUUACUGACCCAGAUUGACCUUGAGGACAACCCCUGGGAUUGCUCCUGUGACCUGGUUGGAUUGCAGCAAUGGAUACAAAAAUUAAGUAAGAACACGGUGACAGAUGACAUCCUCUGCACUUCUCCAGAGCACCUAGACAAAAAGGAAUUAAAAGCACUAAGUAGUGAACUUCUUUGCCCAGGUUUGGUCAAUAACCCAUCCCUGCCAACUCAGACUAGUUACAUAAUUGUUGGUACUCCUACAGCCACAACUACAGCGGAUACUAUUUUAAGAUCACUUACUGAUGCUGUACCACUAUCUGUUUUAAUCUUAGGACUGCUGAUUGUGUUCAUAACCAUUGUGUUCUGUGCUGCAGGGAUAGUGGUUCUUGUUCUCCACCGCAGGAGAAGAUACAAAAAGAAGCAAGCAGAUGAGCAGAUCAGAGACAACAGCCCCGUACAUCUUCAAUAUAGCAUGUAUGGCCAUAAAACAACUCACCACACCACUGAAAGACCCACUGCAUCGCUCUAUGAGCAGCACAUGGUGAGCCCCAUGGUCCAUGUUUAUAGAAGUCCAUCCUUUGGCCCAAAGCAUUUGGAAGAUGAAGAAGAAAAGAAUGAGAAAGAAGGAAGUGAUGCCAAACAUCUCCAAAGAAGUCUUUUAGAACGGGAAAACCAUUCACCACUCACAGGGUCAAAUAUGAAGUACAAAACCACAGACCAAUCAACUGAAUUUUUAUCCUUCCAAGAUGCCAGUUCAUUAUAUAGGAACAUUUUAGAGAAGGAAAGAGAACUUCAGCAAUUGGGAAUCACAGAAUACCUAAAGAAAAACAUAGCUCAACUCAAGCCUGAUAUGGAGGUACAUUAUCCAGGAGCCCACGAAGAGUUAAAAUUAAUGGAGACAUUAAUGUACUCAAGACCAAGGAAGGUAUUAGUGGAACAAACUAAAAAUGAAUAUUUUGAGCUCAAAGCUAACUUACAUGCUGAACCUGACUACUUGGAAGUCCUGGAGCAGCAAACAUAGGUGGAGAGUUUGAGGGCUUUUGCAGAAAUGCUGUGAUUCUGUCUUAAGUCAAAAUCUUGUAAAUAAGUGCCUUACAUGAGUGUGUCAUCAAUCCGAAUUUAAGCACAGCAGUAUUCCUAUGGGAAAAAAGGAAAGAAACUCAGGGAUCACUGGGAGAAGCCAUUGCAUUGUCAUUUGGCAAUUUUGUCUGUCCCCAAUAAAAUAAGUCCUUGCAUGUAAAUCAUUCAAGGAUGAUAGUAAUAUUUCUCCAUAUACUUAAAAGUAUUUCACAGAAGUCCUCUUGCACAUCUAAAAGAGUUGACUAUUUAAGUAACCCUAUUUUUCUUGAAAUACUUUACUUGUGGAUUGAAUAGAAUUGGAUUUUAUCAUUUAAAAAUUAUACCUGUAUAUGUAGUUAUAAUAUGUAAGAGAUAUAUUGUUAUAAUAACUGGUAUAUGUACUGAAAAAAGUGUACAUUGUCAAAUGCAUCAAAUUUUAUUACAGUAAAGGCGAAAGGAACUGGAGCUUUAAAAUUACAAAUAGUAAUAGUAAGGGGAAAAUGGAAGAUUGAAUAAUAUAGGCUAUGAGUGAGCCAAAAUUUGAACAUUUGAAGAUUGAAAAAAAAUGCCCCAGAUAUGUUUUCUGAAUUUAAAAUUAAGAAUGAUUAGUAGUACAGGUGGAAUAAAUAAGCAAGCUUUCUGGGUUUUCUACACAUUUGUGUGGACAAUCUUACUGUCAAUGCUGCUGUGAACUAAGGUAUGUCAUUUGUGCUCAAAGUUUGAUUCUUAUUGUUGGAAUAUUUUAAAAAUGCUACUGAUAUUCAACUGUAAAUAUGAUUAGUGCAUCUAUUAAGUUUGUUUUCCUUCAUAGCAUUAAUCCACUGUAAAUUCGAAUGACCAUGAUAGGUAUGUUUCUUGUGGCAAGUAAUUCACAGGUGUAAAACAACUAGGAAAAUGUUAUUAUAUUUUUAUUGAUGUAUAAUGAUAGUUGCCAUCAAUUAGUAGCAAAAGGCACUUCUGAAGGUAAGUGGUUUAAGUUGCCACAGGAGUGGCACAAUGUAGUUUUAUUUUACAAGAAAGUAUAGCUAGAUUUCUAUGAACUAUUUAUUCUGUACAGUUUUGUAUAUUUUUGGUUCACAAAGGUAAUUAUUCUUGGGUGCCUUUUAAGAAAAUUAAAAAUGCCACUCACUACAAUAAAACUAAAAUGAAAACCC